CCCCAACAGCAUCACUGACUGUGUGCACUUAAACAGCUGUGCUUCAGUUGUCUCUACUCUAUAACACGAGACCAGCAUCACACCAUGUUUGUUCUGGGUCUGCUCACCUGUAUUGCCCUGAGAGCAUUCAGUGCUCAGGCAGAAGUGGUCGAUAGCUUUAAAAAGUGUAAAGAGUUUUUCUACAAAGAUACAGAACCAGGAGGAAUGAGUCAGAAUGCCAGGAAAAUCUGUCAGAAGUAUGAAGAAGGAGGCUCUUAUUACGCUACGCUGUACUACUCAGUUCCUCACAGGAUUCCUCUCUACAGCGCCUACACGUUUGACCCUAAAUGCUUCAGCAGUGAAAGGUCAAACAACUGGCAUGUUGAGCCACAGAUUUCCGAUCCUCAAUCCAAAAUUAAACAUAUGGUCCUUGAGAAAGACUUGAGCGACUAUCGUCUUAAGGAAGACGUUAUUAAAAAAAAUCAAGCCAUGAGCAGCGACUACAGUGACACUGGAUAUGAUCGUGGACACCUGAACCCCAACAGCUUCAAUUGCUAUGAAGGCCGUACGGCAACGUAUACACUGACCAAUGCAGUACCUAUGGACGCGUGUUUCAACCAAAUCCACUGGAAGAACUGGGAAAUGAAUUUGAGAAAGUUUUUGAAACAACAGUUUGAAAGUGAUCAUGAUGAUCAAGAGUCUACAGACACAACAAUCUACAUUGUUACAGGUACGGUACCUGCUGAGAAUCAACGGAUACCACAAAAGGAGCAAAGGGUGACGGUGCCCUCUCACAUCUGGACGGCUGUCUGUUAUAAACACAGUGAAGACGGAAAGUCUUUCUCCUUCAGCUUUAUGGGGGAAAACCGGCCAGCAGAGCCUGACAUAAGCAUCAUGUCCGUCUCAAACCUGAACGAUCGGCUCAGUGAACUCUACAGUGAGCUCUUUAAAACUCCUCAGUCAGUUAAGAUUUUUUUGGAUGAUUGUUUUGAAGACAAUAAUAAAUUAAACAAGGUUCAGACGGCGUUUAAGAAAUUAACUGAUCUACCAAGGAAUAAAGGAGUCGAAGUAACUUCAGAUGCGCUGAACACACUUACUACGCUGAAAAGGACCAUCGGCAGUGACCGCCUAUCCUCUACAAGCAAUCUUAAGGUGAAGAAGGUGGAAGGAGAAUUAGUCUUUGACAGCAUAAACACUUAUUCAACUAUGGCAGAGGAAAUGAAGAGUCUAGAUGGAAGUGCUUGUCUUAUAACUAACCCCAAACCACUGAGUAAACGUGGUGAGCUCAGGAAAAGGGAGGUAUCGGAAGGGUCAGAUGCGGUUGAAUGCCUGUUGGUCCCAGAGAAGCAGAAGACUGCAGCUGAUGGAUCGCAGUGCUUGAGCGUCUCAGAGUCUAGUGACGGCUGUGUGUGCAACCUAGCAGAUAAAACCAAGCCCUGCUGCUCCUCUCCCUGCCUCUACCAGAACAAACUCAAGGGCUACAAGUGCAACUCAGGCCAAACGCUGAUAGAGUGCUCACCGCGGUACUCACUCGUCACUGCUUAUGGAAAGAGGUGCAGGGAUGAUCACCCCUGCGCCACAUAUGGUGAAGCCUACUACUGGUGUAACACCGUCUCUGGCAGCUGGGAUUACUGCAGUCCUCCGCUCUGGAGAAGUAAAGCUAUAAACGGGAAGCCCUGCAUCAGCAACCAUGCCUGUGCCAAAUAUGGUUCAGAAAAGCCGUGGUGCUACACGGAUGACCAAGGCAGUUAUGACAAGUGCUGUACUUUUGACGACUGCUUCUCUGCUGAGAACGGCCAAACCUGCAGGUCUGAUCACCCCUGUGGCAAACAUGGUAAACAAUACCUGUGGUGCUACACGGAUAAUAAAGGCAACUGGGAUUAUUGUUGCACAGAUUGUAGUCAGUAAAACAUUCUUGUUUAUUAUGUUUAUUACAAUUAAUACUAGAGGAUGGCUUUGCAAAGUUGAUUGUUAUUGCACUUGGGGCACUUAUUAACCUACAAAAUUAAUUCUCUCAUAUGUGCUUCUGAAAUUAACAGCAGUUUAAAAUGUUUGUUUUUUUCUUGAU